AUGGGAGCGUUGCUGGAGAAUUCAAAAGAGAGAGCCUGCUUUGGUGAAACUUGCAGACUCUGAGCGAAGGGAGGAACUGGCAAAAAAAUACCACCUACCUGCCUGCAGGCUAGUCGGCUUCCCUUCCUCAGAACUUCCCUGCUUGUGCAAGCAGGAGCUCCAUCCAUCCUCCGCCCCGUCUCCGAGGGAAGAAGGAGCAGCCCAGCCUGCUAGGUGGUUUCGGCCUUUUGUGCGCUGGCUUCCUCUGCCUCAGCAGCAAGCAAGUGCACAGAGGGAACAUUCCGGCAGGCUGCUUUCCUGCAGCUGAGGAGACGACAUUCAUGGACCUCCUUUUGAUUAGGAUAUGUCACUGUUGUCAGGGCAACUGUUAACGGUGGCGUAUCAUAUUUUCUCCUCUUGGGCUGCCUGCUGAAUAUUUCAGUGUGCAGUAGCUGGAAAGAAGAAGAAGAUACAGGGAGGGGGGAAAGGUGCUGCAUCAGGAAGGACAGAAGACGUGGGAUCUGACUGAACAGGUUUAAAGGCGUCAAGAGGAGGAGGAGGAGGCUUCCAAACCAAUGGGCCUUUAAUUAAGGCCUUUUAUUUUAUUUCGUCAAGGUGGAGGAAACUGCAGGCCCUCGUCUGCCAAGUGGAUGUUGGUGUUCGUCAGCUGUUUGUGCAUCGCUUAUACCCGUACAGGAUCUGUUACAAAUGAACGAGCUGCUUUGCAGCUAGCUAGCUGCUAAGUGGAGCCUGGGACUGAUAAAUUGUAGUAAGGAAGAAGAUAGCAACAUGCCCGGUUCGGCAACUGCUAUCCGGCAAGAGAGGCUAAAGAAAGCAGGCGUGAGGCCAAAUACACCUGUUCUGUUCACCAUUAAUGAGGAAGAUGAGCAGCAAAAGAAUGGCAAUUCCAAGAGACUGAAAGUAUCUGAAAACUCCAAAGUGGUGCAGGACAAAAAACCUGCUCCAUCCAGCCGCCCCACCUCUGCCGCUUUAGGACAGAAUGCCAGCAGUGCUGGAGCCAAGCCAGACCCUGCGCCAGUACUGAAAGUUGAUGAAAGGCAGCGACUUGCUCGAGAACGGAGAGAAGAACGGGAAAAACUGUUAGCGGCAAGAGAAGCUGCCUGGGUAGAAAAAGAAGAGAGAGCAAGGCAAUAUUAUGAGAAACAUCUAGAGGAGCGCAAAAAGAAAUUAGAAGAGCAGAGACUAAAAGAAGAGAGAAGGCGAGCUGCAGUGGAGGAAAAACGCCGACAGCGGAUAGAAGAGGACAAGGAGCGCCAUGAAGCGGUCGUGCGGCGUACAAUUGAGAGGAGCCAGAAACCGAAACAAAAGCAAAAUAGGUGGUCCUGGGGAGGUACACUUCAUAACAGCAGCAGCAUUAACAAUACAGGUUAUUUUGUUGAAUCAUCAUUCACCUUUCUCGAUUUAGCAGGCUUGGAGUACCACUUCAGACCUCUGGGUGGUGCUAGAAAACCCGAUCCAGACAGGCGAUCUGUUUCAACAAUGAACCUUUCGAAACAUGUUGAUCCAGUCAUUAACAAGCGACUCUCCUCCUCAUCUGCAACAUUACUAAAUUCUCCAGACAGAGCUCGACGCCUGCAGCUAAGUCCAUGGGAGAGCAGUGUUGUAAGCAGACUACUGACACCAACACAUUCAUUCUUGGCCAGAAGUAAAAGUGCAGCCACCUUGUCAGGAGAUGCAGUCAUCCCCAUUUGUCCUCGUUCAGCAUCUUGCAGCCCCAUCAGCCCUCUCUCCUUCAAGGCCGUAAGCUGUCGGAAUCCAGCAGACAGAGCAAAACUCUUUGGCACGACACCUGAUGUUAGACGUAGGAGGACUGCACAUUCAGCAGGGAUGAGCAGAAAAGAAAAGGAAAAAGUCCUUUCGUUGUCUAACCCACCUGGCAAAAAAAGAUCACGUUCACCUGCUACCUUCAGAAGCAAAUCAGCUGCUUGGCAUGCCUCUAGGUCUUUACCUUUCUUGCCUGGAACACCCAAAAAGGUGAUUUCAGCACAUGGAUCAUCCAGAAUCUCUUCUGCUCAACAACGCCCUCCUUCCCCUGGCAACAUCCGACCCACCAAAAAUGACCGCAAAGUGGAAAAUGUGAAAAAAGAAAUACAGCGGGAGCCUGAGAAGACCACUGAAGAAAAGACAGACCAUGCGAAAGCAACCUUCAGUCCCACAGUGGUUACAAACCUAGAAGCACUCCCUUGUAAAACAGAGACCACACAAAUUGCUGCUCCAGUUCUGCCCUCUGCUCCUUCAGUUGCUUCACCACCUCCUAUUUGUAGCAAGCCUUCUGCGGGGACAACAGACGCAGAAGAAGCAACCAGGUUGCUUAGCGAAAAAAGAAGGCUGGCCCGGGAACAACGAGAGCGGGAAGAGCAGGAAAGAAGAGAGAGGGAAGAGACUGAAAGGCUCAUUCUUGAUGUUCAUAGACAAAAGAAGGAGGAGCUGGCCCAGAGGAUAGCGGAAGAAAGAGCUCGCCGAGAGGAGGAGGCUCAGAAACAGGAAGCAGAGAGGAAGCAGAAAGAGGCAGAACAUAAGCAGGAAGAAGAGGAGCAGUUGUGCCGCCUGGCGGAAGAAAAAGAAAAGAAAGAACGAGAGGAAAUGGAACACCUUCAGAAGCAGAAGGAAGAAGAAGCUCGGUUACGAGAAGAGCAGAUUCGGUUAGAGCGUGAAAAGCAUUUCCAGAGAGAAGAACAAGAGCGCUUGGAAAGGAAGAAGCGUCUUGAGGAAAUUAUGAAAAGAACUAGGAGAACAGAAGCUGCAGAGAAGAAAUCAAAUGAGCAGCAAAAUGGGGAGAUAGCAAAGGAAACAGCUGUGAGCACUCCAUUAAGCCCUGCAAUGGGUUCUCAGGUUCAGUGUGUGCCAGAAUCUCCGCGCAACGGGGAAUUGCUCACCCAUACCCACGUGCUAAUUUCUCAUCAGCCCACAGUCAACCUUGACAGUAAUCUCAACCCAGGAAAACAUCCAAAUGAAAAUGGAGUGUCUAUGCAGAAUGAUAAUUUUGAGGAGGUCAUCAGCUUGCCCAUGGGAACGAAACCAUCCAGGCUGGAUGCUAUGAACAAUGAUGAUAAAAAUAGCCCUGACAUUUCUUUGACUCCCAUUUUGGCCUUUGAAGAGAAGGGGACCCUAGGGCCAUUGCCUCAGGUAGAUAACGUUCAAACACAUCAAACAGCAGAAGUUGUCUGAUCUCUGCUUACAAAUUACCAAAGGUGGCAUAAAAGUCUCUGCAGCCAGUGGAGUUCCUUCCAUGCUAUGAAGGAGUGUGGUAGUUUUUGCACUCUCGAGUUUUCUAAAGAUUUCUUGGACACAGGUUUUUUUGGGGGUUUUUUUAAGGCCAUAGUAAAACCAGCAGAAGAAUUUAUUGGGAAUAGACUUGGAUUACCUUUCUAUCAAAUAGAUCUCACCACUAGCAAAAAUCAUGUUUCAUGUGCAUAAAUUGCUUAUAUCCAGCAAGUUCCUUUGGUUAGCAUAACAGAUAUUUUCUGCAUUCUUGAAGACAAAAGCUUCACUGGAUUCUAACAAUAACGGGCUGAUUGGGGUAAUGGACUUGUUUUCUGUUGUUUUUGAAGAUGGGUAUUUGGUUUUAAAAGGUAUGUAAAAUCAGCAAAGUAUCUUUUACAUUUUACGGAUUGAAUACUUGAAAAGUAAAUGCCUCACUGCUCUACAAGUAGGGCUACUGGGGUGUUUUUUUAUUUAAGCCUUUUGGUUUAAAUAUUAUUGCAGAGAACUCUUAAUUAUGGGGGCAACAUAGAGGCUUCUGUAUCAGGUUCUUGUAAAUGUAACUCCUACAUGGACAUUCUGUAUAUUUAGGCAUCACUACUGUCUUCUUGCAUUUUCUUCUGAAAAUAAAAUAACUUAGCAGGUUUUAAAAUGUGAAAAAUCGAAAGCAUUAUUUUUUCAUGGAUGAAAUGGAAAACCUGUUGUUAUCCUAGAUAAUGUAUUUAUUAAUUUUGUUCUGUACAAAAUAAAUCAUAGAAAAUGUGCUUAAAAACUA